GGCACUGCAGUAAUAAAACACCCUGUUCGGCGAAGAAAAUGUAUGUCCAAUAAACAGCAUCCAUGCCCUGAGUGUGGGAAGAUCUUCAACCGGACUUCAUCCCUUAAUGCCCAUCGGAGAGUCCACACAGGUGAAAAGCCCUAUAAGUGUGCCGAGUGUGGGAAGAGUUUCAGUAAGAGUUCACACCUCAUUGCUCAUCAGAGAAUCCAUACAGGCGAAAGACCCUACUCUUGUGUGACUUGUGGGAAAAGCUUCAAUCAUUCCUCACAUCUUAUUAUCCACCAGAGAACCCACACGGGGGAGAAACACUAUAAAUGUCUGGAGUGUGGGAAAAACUUUCGGUACAGCUCUGAUCUCAUCAGGCACCAGAUUGAGCACGAGGGAGAAAAACCCUACAGAUGCCCUGACUGUGGGAAAUGCUUCAAUCGGAGUUCAAACCUUCUUAUACACCAGAGAAUCCACACGGGGGAGAGACCCUACAAAUGCCUUGACUGUGGGAGAAGCUUCAGCUACAGCUCAGUCCUGAUCAGGCAUCAAAGAGUACACACAACUGAGAAGCCUUAUAAAUGCCCAGAGUGUGGGGAAGGUUUCCAUGUGAAUGCCAGCCUCAUAACGCAUCACAGAGUUCACACGGGAGAGAAACACUAUUCAUGCCCAGAGUGUGGGAAAAGUUUCAGAUGGAUCUCACACCUUGCUAGGCAUCGAAAGAUUCAUGAUACAGAGAAACCGACAUAAAAGCCGAGACUAUUGCA